GUGAAGUUGGAGUUUUUCAGAACUGCUUUACGCUUCGCGCCAUGCUUUUCGGAGAGCCGGGUGUUGAUCCACGGAUUCAGCCCUUGCACCGUUUCCCUGAUGAAUGGGAUCUUCCCUGGGCCAGCACUUACCACAGCUACCAGCCUCAUCUUGGCUUCAGGCGCUUUGGAGACCGAGGUUUCGCACCAGAUCCCUACCACUGCUGGGCACCCGAUGCAGAAUUGCACGCCUACGCCUUCGUAGUGCCAGGCAACGAUCACACAUCGGUGGUGCCAGAGGAUUGGAAUGGUUGGCUGCCUCCACAUCCAGAGCAACAACGGCAAAACACUGCUCAAUCCAAGAGCGGCAGGACCAAAAAGAAGCGAGCAGAAAAAGCAAAGAUCAGCGAGGAGGUUGCACGGAGAAUGCAAUCCCAGCUCCAAUCGGCAACUCGUGGUGUCUCUUUGCGGAAGAUCUUUGGGAAAUAUGAUGCUGAUCGCAGUGGCACACUGACAUCGACCGAGCUGAAGAAGCUGAUUCGAAAGGAACUACGCAUCAGCACGGCAGUGAUUAGUGAUAGCGAUGUGGAGAAUUUAGCAGCUGCGCUUGAUGGCGACCGCACCGGCAAUGUUUCUGUGGAGGAGCUGUUGUCUUUCAUCGAGAGGGGCAGCGCGACCUUCUUCUCGGUUGCGCCCCCGAAGGAGGCUUCUUUGGAUGACGAAUCAAAGGAGGAAAUUCCGAAAUCCAGGGAUAGCAGCCGAGAAAAUGAUGAUGACAGUGAUACAUCGGAGAAAAAGGCUCCUGUUGGCGUAGCGCAACACCAAUCGUCGAAGACGAUUUUGGCAUGCACAAGACAGCCCUACAAUCGCUUAUUUUUUCGUCCAUUGACUCCACCACUUGGAGGUAGCCUCAUCACCCUGAACACCCCGCGGAAAAACCAGCGGACUCGCAAAGUGAGUAUGGUGCCGAGGGCAAAGGACCCACAGGAAGAGAAGGGGGUAUACCUUUGUGAUGAAUCUGACAUGCACAGCGAGCCAAAAGCAGAUCGAGACAUCGAAGGAAGCUUUGCUUGAAUUCGGCUGCUGGCCUGUAAUCGAUGUAGUUUUCACCAUUGGUCAGACAAGGCAGCGCAUAUUGGCUGUGCUGGCCCCAAAGGAUCAUUGUUCAGUCCUCACAACUUCAACCCUUCGUCGUUUCUGAUCUUUGAGGCGUGGUUCCAAAGCAACGGGAAGACUACAGCCGCGCCAGAGGACUGAUAGGAUGAGGCGCUUGCCGUCCGUUGAUCUAUGUGCAUAUUCGACUCCGAAAACCAAAUGAAUAUAGCAAAAGAA